UCACACUCAGCGCCUUGUCAUUUCCGUUACAAAUUAACUAAAAUGUCAGUAAUAAAAUAAUCAUGUUGGAAAAUUACUUGAUAGAAAUUUGCAUAAUUUUCGUCCUUUUGGUCUUGUUGUACUUUUUCGUCAGUUGGUUUUGUCGAUGUAACACUAACGAAAAAAUGCUUUGUACGUACGGCUACAGCGACUCCGAUGGCCCCAACACCUGGAAGUACCGCUUCCAAAUCCGCGGCGAAAACCAGUCUCCCAUCAACAUCCUCUCGGUGUGCGCUGUCGUCGUCCCUGCUGAGACCAUCGCCCCUCUGGACUUCACCGAGGAGUACCACAUCACCCCCCAAGACAUGAAACUGCUCAACGACGGCUACACAGUUGUGAUUUACAGCACUUGGUCCAGUGGCCAGAAACCAACGGUUUGUGGGGGCCCCUUAUGCGACGAGUACAAACUUUUCAGCAUGCGUUUCCGGUGGGGCCCCAACGACGAAGAGGGCUCCGAACACAUGAUUGAUAUGAGGCGAUACGCCAUGGAACUCCAAGUCACUUAUAAUAAGUGCUCGUGCAAGUGCACAGAUAUGGUCAAAUCGAUCAAAAGUUGUGCUGUUAUCAUAAUUAGUUACAUGUUUGAAGUGACUGAAGUCGAUAAUCCGUAUCUUGAAACAAUAAUACACGGUUUGCGUCACAUACAAAACCCUUGCUGUAGUUAUUACAUCAGACCGGUUCCGGUCAGUUUGGUAGCCCCCAUGUUUACUCGACGAUAUUUUUCCUAUCUUGGUUCCUUGACUUAUCCUCCGUGUACUGAAGGAGUCCGGUGGAUUAUUCAACCGGAGCCUUUGACUAUUUCGGCACACCAAAUUCGACAAUUCCGACGACUGAUGGGCUUCAAUGGGUAUAUUUUGAAUAAUACGCGACCUGUACAAAAUGCUAAUAACAGAGACGUGAUUUUUUAUGAAUAAAAAGCGGCGAAAAUUUGGUUUAAAUUGUCUCGUGUAAGCGUUUGAAUAAAUUAUGCACUGUG